UUGUCUACGCAAUAGAAAAGUCUUUCUUCACAUGUCUCUUCUUACUAUUGUGCACUAUAGAUUUCUCAUUAGCCAAACAACAACCAAGAGUUCCACACUCGAUUUCAAAAAAGACACUCCAGUGGUCCAACAAGUUUGCAUACCUCGAAUCUCAUCAACAUUAAGAUGAUAUAGACUAAAAUCUACUCUCUAAGAAAGAUUUCUUUGGCCAUUUAUGUUUAAGUUUACAGCCUGGUUUCUAUUUUACUUUGAAGAAAAGUUAUCACUAGUUUGUGUUGUGUCUGACUGUCUCUCUACGUGGACAUGGAAGAAAAAGAAUCAAGAAAAGGAGCCAUGGCUGCAUCAGAAUCUGGCGGGAAGAUAACUUAUUUUGUGGUGGCUUCAUGUGUCAUGGCCGCCAUGGGAGGUGUCAUCUUCGGCUACGACAUCGGAGUUUCAGGUGGAGUGAUGUCAAUGGGGCCAUUUCUUGAAAUUUUUUUUCCAAAAGUGUAUAAGCUCCAAGAAGAAGACAGAAUAAGAAGAAGCCAUAACAACAAGAACCACUAUUGCCUUUUCAAUAGCCAACUUCUUACGUCCUUCACGUCUUCUCUCUACGUCUCCGGUUUCAUAGCUACUCUGUUAGCUUCAUCAGUGACUCGUUCUUGGGGUCGCAAGCCCUCUAUAUUUCUAGGCGGCGUGGCUUUUCUUGCUGGCUCUGCUCUCGGCGGCUCUGCUCAAAACGUUGCUAUGCUCAUCAUUGCACGUCUCUUGUUAGGUGUAGGAGUUGGAUUCGCAAACCAGUCGGUUCCUCUAUAUCUAUCGGAGAUGGCGCCAGCGAGAUACAGAGGAGCAAUCAGCAAUGGUUUUCAACUCUGCAUCGGAAUAGGGUUUUUAACCGCAAACUUCACAAACUACGAAACUCAAAAGAUCAAAGAAGGCUACGGCUGGAGAAUCUCUCUGGCCACAGCGGCGGUUCCAGCUUCAAUCCUCACGUUAGGCGCACUCUUUCUCCCUGAGACGCCCAACAGUAUCAUACAAACCACCGGAGACGUUCACAAGGCCGAGCUCAUGCUACGUCGUAUCCGUGGAACAAACGAUGUACAAGACGAGCUUGCCGAUCUCGUUGAGGCGAGUUCUGAGCCAAACUCAAACGCACGACAUGGGUUCUUGAACUUGCUCCAGACAAGAUACAGGCCUGAGUUAGCGAUGGCGUUUGCUAUACCGUUCUUUCAGCAGGUUACGGGCAUCAACGUCGUCGCUUUCUACGCACCUGUUCUGUUUCGAACCGUCGGGUUUGGAGAGAGCGGUUCGCUGAUGUCGACGCUCGUGAGCGGGAUCGUGGGAACAGCUUCGACGUUCUUGUCGAUGCUUGUGGUGGACAGAAUCGGUAGAAAGACUCUGUUUCUCGUAGGAGGGUUGCAGAUGCUUGCGUCGCAAGUUAUCAUCGGUGUGAUCAUCAUGGUGGCUGAGGCUCACGACGGUGUGAUCGGGGAAAGGUACGGUUACGCGGUUGUGGUUUUGGUGUGUGUAUACGUGGCGGGGUUUGGGUGGUCGUGGGGUCCACUAGGGUGGCUUGUACCGAGCGAGAUCUUUCCGCUGGAGAUUAGGUCAGCGGCGCAGAGUGUGACGGUGGCGGUGAGUUUUGUGUUUACUUUCGCGGUGGCUCAAAGCGUGCCACCGAUGUUGUGCAAGUUCCAAGCGGGGAUUUUCUUCUUUUAUGGAGGGUGGGUGGCGGUGAUGACGGUGGCGGUGCAGCUGUUUCUGCCGGAGACUAAGAAUGUUCCGAUCGAGAAGGUGGCUGGACUUUGGGAGAAGCAUUGGUUCUGGGGGAAACUGACUAGGAAGCGUGAUUGCCAAGAAACCACUUCUGUUAGUAGUUAAUCUCCCAAACAUAUUAUCUCAAAUGAUGUGAAACCAUGAAAGAUGAAAAGUGAGUGUAUUCAAAUUGACAUUUGAAGUGAUUUAUUCAUAUGAAAAAUUAAAAAAAAAAUUACACUA